AAAAUUAUAUAUAUUGGUCUUGUAAACUAUAGUUUUAAAAUAAAAAACCCGUAAAAUAAUGCAUAUUUUUCUCAAUUCGCGGGUUUUAUCGAUUUUCACCAACACGUUGCCAAAAUAUUGUGUGACUACAAUUUAUAUAUCUGUUCUACUGUUAAUAGUAUAAUCUUCCCGUCCAAAUUUUGUCAACAAAGAAAGCAAAUAAUGAAUUUCGUGUGUCAACAAACAUCAAUUAUAAUCACAUAGUUAAUUAAACAGCGAGUAAUGUCUUUUUGGCCAUGUGCUCGAAACAAUUCAUCUCUUCCUGUAUGCUGACUGAUUUCUUUCAAUAAUAAGAAUUAGAGAGUGAAAAUAAUUUAUAGUAUAUAAAAUUAUGAUAGAAAAAAGAAGAAGUAUACAUGAUGGAAGUUAGAAAAUCAUGGCAGUUGAAAAAAAUUCUAAUUAUUAUUUGUCUUAUAUUAUUUCUCUUGUGGAUAAUUCUCAAUGAGAAAUCGUGUUUGAUCGGUAAUCUUUCACGUAAAAUUGCACUACACAGAAUAAGACUGACAUCAAAUCAAUUUUUAAAAAGAGUUUCCGAACAAAUUAAAGUUGAAGAAAUUCCAUUAGAUGACUUUACGAAUAUUAAUUACAAAGUUACUAAUGUUCAAGUUGUUUCACUUUUAACCAGCAAUGAAAGUUUCAAGGAUAUUAUUGAUGUAUCUCCAAAGUACAAGAUUUUGCGACAACAUGGUUUAGUACCAAAUAGACAACUUCCCACUGCUCUUAUAAUUGGUGUAAAAAAAGGUGGGACGAGGGCUCUUCUUGAAUUUUUGAGACUUCAUCCAGAUAUUCGUGCAGCUGGUUCGGAAGUUCAUUUUUUCGAUCAUUAUUAUGCAAAAGGAUUCCAUUGGUAUAGACGCAAAAUGCCACCAACUUUAGAGGGUCAAAUAACAAUGGAAAAAACUCCAUCGUAUUUUGUGACACCCGAAGCACCAAGACGAGUACAGCACAUGAAUCCAGGGACAAAAUUAAUUGUCGUUGUUCGUGAUCCAGUGACACGAGCAAUUUCCGAUUAUACACAAGUAAAAAGUAAACGUGUCACAAUGUUGAAAUUUGAGGAUUUAGCUUUUUUAAAUGAAUCACAAGUUGUUGACAUGACUUGGUCACCAUUAAGAAUUGGAGUUUAUGCACGACAUUUGGAACGUUGGCUACAAUAUUUUCCAUUGUCACAAUUUCUUUUUGUCUCUGGUGAACGACUUAUUGCCGAUCCCGUCACUGAAAUGACAAGAGUUCAAGAUUUUCUUGGCAUUAAACGUGUCAUUUGUGAGAAGCAUUUUUAUUUUAAUACCACCAAGGGAUUUCCCUGUCUUUUAAAAUCGGAAGAACGAGCAACUCCCCAUUGCCUUGGAAAAAAUAAAGGCCGAAGUCAUCCGCACAUAGAACCUGAGGCAAUUGAACGUUUAAGGGAUUUCUAUAGGCCAUUCAAUCAGCGCUUUUAUCAACUCACUGGAAUGGACUUUGGCUGGCUCUAAAGGUAUCCGCAAUUCUAUGAGCAAUAUAGAGAGACAUAUCGUAAGUAGAAUCUAACGAAACUUGGUCAAUUUUUGAAAAAGUAGGUUUAUUAAAAAUUAUAUACGAAUACAUAAUGUUAUUCACAAAAAGAUAUUCUCUUUUAAAAAACUAUUUAUCAGUUGGAAAAUUCAAUAAUGAAACGAAUGUCAAUAUAAGUCAAUUUGUUUCGAAUAUAUUUUGCAAAAUUUUUGGCAAAAUUUGAUUUAACGAAAAUUAUUGCAAAUAUUAACAAAAAAAUUUUUUUUUCAACAAAAUUAAAAAAUUUUUGUUAUAAAAUUAAUGAAAAUCUUAUUAAAAUGAAAAAAUUUCAUUUAAAAACACCAUAAUUGUCAAAAAAUGUACAUAAGUGUUUUUUAUGAAUAAUUAAUUUUUCAAAGUAUGUGCAAUAUAUGAUAUAUAAAAGUUGUGUGAUUAUAUAUGUAUAAAAUGCAUAUACGUACAAAAGAAAAGAUAAAUAUAAGAAAAAAGAUAUAUA